GAGUAACACGAGACAAAUUGCCUUUAUUUUUGUUAUUUGUACAAAAAUACCCACUGAAAAUGGUGUUAGAGGAAGAGAGAGAAUUUUUACAAAUAAGUAUUUUGAAAACAACUUAAAUUUUUGCUUCCUACCUCUAAUGGUUGCCGUGUUUUGUAUUUUCCUUCAUAUUCAUUGUAAAUUUCCUUUUAAAGGAAAAAAAAUGACAACUCUGACAAUUUACAAUUAUCAUAGUUGUCUCCGCCACGGAACACGAACUCCCAAAUACUUUCCUCACGGAAUUAUUCACUACCACACUCUCUCUCCUUUCCUAGGUUGUUGUUCAAUCUUGUUCCAUUAAACUCUGACACGUCAGCAGUUCUUGAUCUCAAUGACGUGGCAUCACCAUAGCUAGAUGAUCUUCAUCCUUCUCAUUCAAAUUUGAUAUUAUCACCACGUGGCAACUCUUAAUCACUAAACAAAAACCCAAAUCUCUUCAUUCUUCUCCUUCUUAUAAUAUAUGCUCUUUCAAUCUUCAUUUCUUACCACUAAAAAAAACAUUUAAUAUAAAUAAAUAAGAAAAACGACAAUGGGAAACAUAAACGACAAUGGCCAAAGUGCCACAAGGCCCAUCACCACCACAACCGGUGAAGACUACAAACUCGUGGGUUUCUCUAAGUUCGUCCGUACAAAUCCCAAGUCCGACCGUUUCACUGUCAAACGAUUCCACCAUGUCGAGUUCUGGUGCGGCGACGCUACCAACACCGCUCGCCGAUUCUCGUGGGGUCUCGGCAUGCCUAUUGUAGCCAAGUCUGACCUCUCCACCGGAAACUUCUCUCAUGCCUCUUAUCUCCUCCGUUCCGGUGACCUUCAAUUCCUCUUCACCGCUCCUUAUUCUCCCUCCAUAACCACAGAUUCAAACUCUUCCGCUUCCAUACCUACCUUCCACCGCUCCACUUUCCUUUCCUUCUCCGCCGCCCAUGGUCUCGCCGUUCGUGCUGUAGCUGUCGAGGUAGACGACGUCGAUUUCGCCUUCUCCACUAGCGUUGCUAAUGGAGCUAUUCCCUCAUCUCCUCCGUUAACCCUCGGUGACGGCGCCGUCAUUGCUGAGGUAAGGCUUUACGGCGACGUCGUUUUGCGUUACGUCAGUUUCAAAACCCAGCAUCCAAAUUUCUGUUUUCUUCCUGGUUUUGAGUCCGCGAUUGGCGAAUCGGUGCCCUUAGAUUUCGGAAUCCGAAGGCUGGACCACGCUGUGGGAAACGUGCACGAAUUGGUGGCAGCGGUUUCGUACGUGAAGGGAUUCACGGGUUUUCAUGAGUUCGCUGAGUUCACUGCGGAGGACGUUGGGACGAGUGAGAGCGGACUCAAUUCGGUUGUUCUGGCGAAUAACGACGAGACGGUACUUAUUCCGAUGAACGAGCCGGUGUACGGAACGAAAAGGAAGAGUCAGAUUCAGACAUUUCUGGAGCACAACGAAGGGCCUGGGGUUCAGCACUUGGCUCUGGCUAGCGAUGACAUAUUUAAUACGCUUAGGGAGAUGAGGAAGCGAAGUGGGUUGGGUGGGUUCGAGUUCAUGCCUUCACCACCACCAACUUACUAUAAGAAUCUCAAGAAUCGAGCUGGGGAUGUGUUGACAGAGACUCAGAUUAAAGAGUGUGAGGAAUUGGGGAUUUUGGUAGAUAGGGAUGAUCAGGGAACUCUGCUCCAAAUUUUCACCAAACCACUAGGAGAUAGACCGACCAUAUUCAUUGAGAUAAUACAGAGAGUAGGGUGUAUGAUGAACGAUGAUAAGGGGAAGCUGUACCAGAAAGGUGGUUGUGGAGGUUUCGGAAAGGGUAAUUUCUCAGAACUCUUCAAAUCCAUUGAGGAGUAUGAGAAGACACUCGAAGCCAAAAUCGCGGCCUAAAUCAUUCAAUUCAUUCUCAUAAUAGGCAUACUGUAAAGUUUGUUUCUGAAGCCAGUCCGAUGCAUUCUUUCUUGGCCCAUGAAACACAAAAAUCAUAAAUUGUGUCUUAUGCCCCACGAACUGAACUUAUAGUAAUGCAGAUGCAAGUACAUUCUAAUCUUAACAAAUAUAUGUUUGUCUUUUUUUUGAUACUCAAUGUUUUAGAUUUUAGUCUCCUUUGGAGUAUAAUCUUUUAUUGCUAUAUAAUGUGAAAAUAUCUACUUAGUAACAAGUGAACAUGAAUAUAUGCCUUAUGGUAAUGAUUUUGAUUUCAAA